AUGGACGAAUUACCACCACAAAAUAAAGAAUCAGAUGGUCCUUCUUCUUCAAUUAAUGAAAAAAAAAUAAAUGACAGUGACAAUGAUAAAAAGAACAAAAGAAAAUCUGCAACAAAAAAAAAGGAAAAAGCUGAAACUGUACCUUUAGUUAAACUAUUUAGAUUUGCUACUUCAUCGGAUAUAUUAUUUAUGUUCGCUGGUACUAUAGGUGCUCUUGGUAAUGGUAUAGCAAUUCCAAUAAUGUCCAUAAUAUUUUCUGGUUUUAUACAAACCUUUCUUGAUUACAAUCUGGCAAUUAACACUGGACAACCAGCUGAUGGAGCUGUGAAUAAAUUAGAAGACGGUGUUAAAACUUAUGCAUUUUAUUUCAUAGCUCUUGGUUGUUCCAUUUUUGUAUGUGCUAACUUACAAAUGUGUUUUUGGAUAAUCGCCGGCGAAAGACAAACAAAGAGAAUUCGUACAUUAUUUUAUUCAUCAAUCAUUCAUCAAGAUAUCGAAUUUUUUGAUGAUACAUCAACUGGUGAUAUAACUACACGUGUUUCAGGUGAUAUUAGUAUAUUACAAGAAGGCAUGUCUGAAAAAGUAGGAUUCAUAAUUCAACAAUUCACUUGUUUCAUUGGAGGUUUUAUUGUUGCUUUAGUUAAAGUAUGGAAAUUAACACUCGUGCUUUGUUCUGUACUUCCACUUCUUGCAAUUUCUGGUGUUGUCAUAUCAAAAUCUUUAUCUAGCGAUGCAACAGAAGGUCAAGUAGUGGCAUUUAGUGGUGAACAGCGUGAAAUACAACGUUACAUCUCAAAACUUGAAAUAGCAUAUAAAUUUGGUAAAAGAAAGUCAAUUGUGAAUGGCUUAGGAAUGGGUUUCAUGUUAAUUGCAAUGUUUGGUAGUUAUGGCUUAGCUUUUUGGUAUGGUAGUAUUUUGAUCGUUAAUGGUGAAGAAAAUGGUGGUGAUAUUUUAAAUGCAUUUUUUGCUGUUAUGAUUGGUGCAUUUUCAAUUGGUAAUGCAGCUCCAUAUCUCUCAUCAGUUAGCAAUGCACUUGGUGCAGCUGCAAAAAUCUACAAGAUAAUAGAUAGAGUACCAAAGAUCGAUUCAUCUGCCGAUAAAGGCAAAAAAUUUGCCAAAUCUGAGUUUAAAGGUUUCAUCGAAUUUAAAAAUAUCAAUUUUUCUUAUCCAUCAAGACCCGAUGUACAAGUUUUAAAAGAUUUUAAUUUAACGAUUGAACCUGGUCAAACUGUUGCUUUGGUUGGUUCAUCUGGCUCAGGAAAAUCAACUAUAGUCAGCCUAAUUGAAAGAUUUUAUGAUCCGUUGGAGGGUGAAAUUUUAUUAGACGGCAUCAACAUCAAAGAUAUAAAUAUCAAAUCGUUAAGAACUCAAAUUGGCAUGGUUGAACCCAGCCUAGAUGAAAUAAUUGAAAUUUGUAAGAGAUCAAAUGCUCAUGAUUUCAUUGAUGAAUUACCCGAUAAAUACAAUACUUUUGUCGGUGAAAAAGGUUCUUUGAUAUCAGGUGGUCAAAAACAAAGAAUUGCAAUUGCAAGAGCUUUGAUCAAAGACCCUCCUAUUCUUUUACUUGAUGAAGCCACUUCUGCUCUUGACACUGAAUCUGAAGGACUUGUACAAGAAGCACUUGAUAAAGCUUCAACAAACCGUACUACAAUUGUUAUAGCUCAUCGUUUGUCAACAAUCAAAAAUGCUGAUAAAAUCGUCGUAAUGUCAAAAGGCGAAAUUAAAGAAAUUGGCAAGCAUGACGAAUUGAUUGAAAGAGGUGGACUGUAUUAUGGAUUAGUUAAAGCUCAAGAAUUAAAAAAAGAAGAAGAAGAUGAGACUUCUGUUAUAAUUGAUGAUAAGUCAAAUAAAUUAAAUUUGAAACGUCUUACGACCAAAGGAUCCGUCACUAAAUCAAUUAAACUUACUGACGAAGAAAUCGAAAAAGAUAGAUUAGAAAAAUUAAAACAAAAAACACCUUUAGGCAGAGUAUUUAAUUUAAAUAAACCAGAAUGGUACUUAAUAGCUCCCGGUGGUAUUGGUGCUGUAGUUACUGGAUCAGUCAUGCCUUUAUUUGCCUUGGUAUUUUCUUCAAUCUUGGAAGUAUUUUCUAGAACUGAUGAUCCUGAUGGACUUAGGAGUAGAGCAAAUUUUUGGGCAGCAAUGUUUGGAGUCAUUGCAUUAGUAUCGGGACUAGCAAACUUUAUUCAAGUAACAUCAUUUUCAUUAUCAGCUGAAAGAUUGACAAAACGUCUACGUACCAUGACAUUCACAUCACUUGUCAAACAAGAAGUUGCCUUUUUCGAUGAUGUAAAAAAUGGAACCGGUGUUUUAACUUCUAAAUUAGCUGUUGAUGCUUCAAAAGUCGAAGGCUUAGCCGGUAAUUUGAUGGGCAGUAUAAUAAUGAACACCACUAAUUUGAUUUUUGGUAUAGGAAUCGCAUUUUAUUUUGGUUGGAAGCUCACAUUAGUAAUUUUAGCCGCCUCACCAGUUGCUGUAAUUGCUGGUUACUUGGAAUUUAAAGCUCUUGCAGGGCUUGGUACAAAGACACGUAAAGCAUAUGAAUCAACAGGAGAAAUCGUACAACAAACACUUGAAGAACCACAUAAAAUUGCUAUUAGAGGCUCAACACUUGUUGGUUUUGGAUUUGGUGCGUCACAGGGUUUCGUAUAUUUCAUUUGGUCAUUAGCUUUUUGGUACGGCUCAAGAUUGAUCAUUAGCGGAGAAUAUACUACACAAUCAAUGCUUAGAGUUUUAUUCGUUGUUAUUUUUUCUUCUGUUGCUGUUGGUCAAAUGAGUUCUUUUGCACCAAAUACUGCAAAUGCCAAAGUAGCAGCCAUCUCAAUAUUCGAAAUAAUUGAUCGUAAAUCAAAAAUUGAUGCAACUGGUAACGAGGGUAAAGAUCGCCCAACGCCUGUUACAGGAGAAUCAACAAUUAAAGAUGCGCAUUUUAAUUAUCCAGCGAGACCAGACAUAAAAAUAUUAAAAGGUUUAGAUAUGUCAAUUGACGCAGGGAAAAAAAUAGCUUUGGUAGGAUCUUCUGGGAGUGGUAAAUCAACCGUUGUAUCAUUGUUGUUGAGGUUUUAUGAUGUCAAUUCAGGAUCUAUUGAAGUUGAAAAGGUUGACAUCAAAACUUGGAAUUUAGAAUACUUGAGAUCCAAUUUGGCUCUAGUUGGACAAGAACCCAUAUUAUUUGAUUUAACUAUUGGAGAAAAUAUCGCAUAUGGCAAAGAAGGUGCAACGCAAGAUGAGAUUGAAAAUGCAGCAAAAGGUGCUAACAUACAUGAUUUCAUUAUGAGUUUGCCAGAUAAAUAUGACACAAAAGCUGGAGAAAAAGGAACACAAUUAAGCGGUGGGCAAAAACAAAGAGUUGCAAUCGCAAGAGCAUUGAUCCGAUCUCCAAAAUUGUUGUUACUUGACGAAGCAACAUCAGCUUUAGAUUCGGAAAGUGAAAAAAUUGUUCAAGAUGCAUUAGAUAAAGCAAGUCAAGGCCGUACGACCUUAACUAUUGCGCACAGAUUAUCAACAAUACAGAAUGCUGGUUUAAUAUUAGUAUGUAAGAAAGGUAAAAUUGUGGAAAGUGGUAAACAUUUAGAAUUGAUUUCUCAGAGGGGUUUAUAUUACGAUUUGAUAAAAACUGACGCAAUCCAUUUUUAUGAACCGAAAUGGAUAUCAUCCUCACUUGAUGAUAGUCAAGAAAUGAAUCUUCUGAUGCAAUUAGUUGAUUUGGAUUCUACUGCACUGCAAAUUCACUCAUUUAAUUAUGCAACGGGUUAG